AUGGCGUCGCCGACGGUAAACAUCGGAAUCCUGGGCUGCGCCGACAUAGCCCGUAAGGUCUCCCGUGCAAUUUCGCUCUCUCCCAACGCCACACUCUACGCCGUCGGCAGCCGCACCUACGACAAGGCUGCCAGAUUCGCCCGGGAAAACGGGUUCCCCGCCGCCGCCAAGAUCUACGGAUCGUACGACGCCGUGCUGGACGACCCGGAGGUGGACGCCGUGUACGUGCCGUUGCCGACCAGUCUGCACAUAAAGUGGGCCGUGCUCGCGGCCCAGAAGAAGAAGCAUGUGCUCCUGGAGAAGCCCGUGGCGCUCAACGUCGGCGAGUUCGACGCCAUCCUCGACGCAUGCGAAUCCAAUGGGGUGCAGUUCAUGGACGCUACCAUGUGGAUGCACCACCCGAGGACGGCGAAGAUGAAGGAGUUUCUGCAGGAUUCUUUCAAGUUUGGCGAGCUCAAAUCUGUGCACAGCUGCUUCACGUUUGCCGCGACCAAGGACUUCCUUGAAAACAAUAUCCGCGUGAAGCCCGACCUCGAUGCCCUUGGCGCCCUCGGUGACGAAGGCUGGUACUGUAUCCGCUCCAUCCUCUGGGCCGCCGAUUUCGACCCGCCCGCAUCAGUCCUGGCCCUGCCCGGCACGAAAUUCAACUCCUCGGGCGUCAUCAUUGCCUGCGGGGCCUCCCUCCAGUGGUCGGACGGCAAAACCGCCACCUUCCACUGCUCCUUCCUCGCCAACCUCACCAUGGACCUCACUGUCGUCGGGACCCACGGAACCCUGACACUGCACGACUUCAUCAUCCCGUUCGAGGAGAACCGGGCCUCGUUCACUACUGCUGUCCGGUCGGGAUUCACGGAGCUCGUCACCGGGUGGGACCCGCGGCCGGAAAGUCACGAGGUCGAGACGGGUCUCUCCCAGGAGGCGAACAUGGUGGGGGAGUUCUCGAGGCUCGUCCGGGGGGUUAAGUACGAAGGGUCGAGGCCCGAGGGGAAGUGGGGUGCCAUCAGCAGGAUGACGCAGCUUGUUUUGGACGCCGUGAAGGCCUCAAUCGAGAGGGGAUACGUGACGGUUGAUGUGCCCAAAUGA